UAUCUUUAGUCACUGCAGUGACUACAAUGACUACUAGUCACUGGUCACUGUAAAUGCAUAUAUAAAUAUACGUGUUUGUUUCAAGUAGCUGACAAGCAUUUAAGUCAUGGCUCAAGGAAAAUUAAAAGUGAAAACUAAAGUGCCCACAUCGGCAAAAGGAAAAGCUAAGAGUAAAAAUAAAAAUCGUCUUCCUAUCCAGCGGCGGAACAAUGCACCUAUACAGCCAAAAAAGAAGAAAUUUGAAGAGGCACACAAAUUGAAGCAAAUGAUCAGUAAAACAGUUAAUAGAGCAAUGGAGAAUGAGCUGAGAGAAAAAGCUUUAGGUGGGAAAAUGUCUCUUGUAAAAAAGGAAUCUUCUACAUCCCAGAAGAAAUAAUUACGAAUAGUUUAUAUGUUAGUAUUAAUAUUAGUUUAGGAUAUUUGUAUAUAAAAUGAUUGUUAUUACAUCUAUUUAAUGACAUUUAUUUCAAACAAAUAUAACACAGUGAAUAUCAUUAGAUAGAGAAAAUAGUAUUACAAAGUCUUAUACAAAACUGUAAUAUUUAUAAUGUUUAUUAAAAAAAACUAUCACUGUUAAGGAAAGAAUUAUUUUAUUGUUUUCUAUAGAUAUGUUGUAAUUUAUCUAACAUUUGGUUUUAAAAUAAAGAAAUAUGCAACAAGGAG